CUUUUCUCAUUUCUUCCCCUUCCUAGCCGCCUACUACAGACCCUGACCCAGCUUUAUUUGCAAGACUGCUUUAAGAAAACAGUAUCUCCUCGCAUUCCUUGUGGCUUACUGUUCAAUUACAGCUGACGUUAUCCACCCACGCUUAGGAGGAGCCUCUAGUACUGGCGGCCUCCUGGAAACGCUGGAAGACAGAGGAUUGGAUGUUAACUGGAGUCUGCAGAGUGAUAAGUGGUAAAGCUGAGAGACCCACAGCAGGACUCAGAGACCCAAAGGACGCAGGCCAAGAGACUCAGAAAAAUGAAGUUUCCCUGCCUAUCCUUCCGGCAGCCCUACGCUGGUUUAGUCUUAAAUGGAGUCAAGACUCUUGAGACACGUUGGCGUCCCCUGUUGAGAAGCCUUCAAAAAUGUACCAUUGCCAUCCACAUUGCUCACAAGGACUGGGAAGAUGACACAUGGCAGGAAGUGCUAGUGGAGAGGUUGGGGAUGACCCCAACACAGAUUCAGACCUUACUAGAGGCAGGAGAAAAAUAUGGCAGAGGGGUGAUAGCUGGACUUGUUGACAUUGGAGAGACUUUGCAGUGUCCAGAAACCAUAGCUGCUGCUGAGGCUGUGGAACUGGAAACUCAGGCUGUGCUAACCAACCUGCAGCUGAAGUACCUGACUCAAAUUUCAAACCCCAGGUGGUUACUGGAGCCCAUACCUAGGAAAGGGGGGAAGGAUAUAUUCCAGGUAGACAUCCCAGAGCACUUGAUCCCACUGGAGAAAGAAUGGAGCAGUGAAUGCUCUGGAAAACAACUGAAUGAUGACUCCACCAGUAGACCAUCAUAGUGUGCACCUUCAAAUCUCAAUCAGGGUGACUCAAAUCCACUCCUACAGAGCACAGCUCUCUAGGUGCUAUUCCCAGACUGCUCUGCCCUCAUGGAGGGGAUGUCAAUGAGGACAUCCCUCAUGCUGUGACUCUGCCAGAAAAGCUACAGAGCCUUGAGAACUUUGGCCAUUAGGGAAAAGGAAACCACCCAGGAAAUGAUACUUUGCUGAAGUUCACUUUAGUCCUGCUGUUUUCUGGAUUGCACAAAUAAAUUUGUCAAUGGCUAAGCA